UAUAUAUGGGUGGAGUCUGAAAAUCAUGGCAUGUAAGAACCUUCAAAGAACAAGAGUUUAGCCUUGGAAGAGGUAAAGCCUAGAGGGUCUUAACUCUUUCUGCUCAUUCCUGGAAAAGGCUGUGCCAACCUAGGAGUGUUUGAACUGGUGGAGCUGCAACGGGUGGAGUUCCAAGUAGGCGGCUUAAAGGUCCUCCAACUAGAACAUUCUCUGCUUCCACCAAGCUAUGUAAUACUUUAACAAAGGCAUGCUCCUUAGGUAUACAAGCUGCAAGCCAGAGGUGACAGAGAAUAAGGGCUGUGGAUAAAGUCGCACGUUUGAUUGGCAAUGAUCCCAGACUGGUGAAGGGUGACGGGGAAGUUAACGCUCGGUUCGGAGCAAAUAGUGGCCUCCGGGUUAAAGUCCAGUGACGAGCCCUAGGCAGAAAUCCCAGCGCUGGGUCCAGGGCAGAACCGGUCUAGAACGCACGGUUGCUCGGGAGGAGAGCGGCUGACAAGCACAGUCCUGCGCCUCCACCGCCGAGGACGCGCAGUUCCGGCCGGGCGCGCGCCCGGCAAGAGCGGCUAGCUCCCGGAAGGAGGCGGGGCUGCCUCACCAGCCCUUUCCUUAAAUCGGCGAGCUGGGCCCGCGCGCCGCCGAGGCACCUCAGCCGAGCGCCGAGCGCUCGAUCACCCUCGCUCCCGCAGCCUACGGCCAGCUCACUGGUGGCUCCACCCGCCUUUGUAGGCCAGUAAUCCGAUAUGGAGCAUGCCAUUACCCCGUUGGAACCCCUGCUUCCCUCUGGGAAUUUGAGAUACUGCCUUGUGAUUUUGAAUCAGCCUUUGGACAAGUGUUUUCGUCAUCUUUGGCACAAAGCUCUUUUUAAAGCCUGUGCGGAUGGAGGUGCCAACCGCUUAUACGACAUCACGGAAGGAGAGAGGGAGAGCUUUUUGCCUGAAUUCGUCAAUGGCGACUUUGAUUCUAUUAGGCCUGAUGUGAGAGAAUACUACGCUACUAAGGGAUGUGAAUUUAUUUCAACUCCUGAUCAAGACCAUACUGACUUUACCAAGUGCCUUGAAGUGCUCCAAAAGAAGCUAGAAGAAAAAGACCUACAGGUAGAUAUGAUUGUGACAUUGGGAGGACUUGCUGGGCGUUUUGACCAGAUUAUGGCAUCUGUGAGCACCUUGUUCCAAGCAACUCGUAUCACGCCUUUGCCAAUUAUAAUAAUCCAAGAGGAAUCUCUCAUCUACCUGCUCCAACCAGGAAAACACAAAUUGCAUGUAGAUACUGGAAUGGAAGGUGAUUGGUGCGGCCUUAUUCCUGUUGGAGAGCCAUGCAGUCGGGUUACAACAACAGGCCUGAAGUGGAACCUCAGAGCUAUGUACCCAGAUAAAAAUCAGCAGUUCUGUUAUCCUAGAAGAAGGGAAAAUGGAUAUCACGGGACAAUAUGCAGUUUCUGUCCAGACUGCAAAUAACAUGGAGAAUAGAUGGUAUUGUUUUGUUUUGUUUUAACUUCACAUCCCCCAGGAUCUACAGACUUGGGUCAAAAAUGUGGGAGAUGGUUGAGUAGUUGUUUAGUUGAACUUACAAAUGUGUUCAGCAUAUUUUCCUACCAGUCGCAAUUUUCAUUAUGCCCCUUGAGCCAUGUGUUUCUAAAUCCAUCCUCUAAUUUGAACUCAGAUGGAAUUCACACAGAGUAUAUAACUCACUACCAGACAACUGUUUUUGAUCGGACUUGGGACAACCCAAAUCUGUAACACUGGGGUUUGUAUUCUGUUGCAGAUCCACCACCAUAGAAUGAAAGGAAGUUUGUUUGGGAACACUGCUGAUUAAAAAAUAAGGGGUGCGGUGGAGUGGGAGGCAUUUCAUGCAGAGUCACUAUAUAUGUAAGUAGGACUAAAGUAGAAAAGUGAUGAUUCUCCAAAUCAUGAAAGCCAAAUUAAGCCCUGCUGACUGGAAUGAGAGUCAUGGUUUUCACUAUGUUUUAUACAAGUAAAGGUAGGAAGGAAGAAAUUGGAGCCAGUUGACGUAAGAGCCUGAUAUUCUGAGUGGAUAUUUUAAAUCACUCACUUGUUACUCAAAGACAUGAAUCUUUGUCAGAUGUCUCCUCACACUUAUUUCCCCCCCCUCUAAAUUUAAGUAUUAAGAAAAGAUGGGGGGUAGGUUUCUCUUGUCCCUUGAAUCAAAAUGUCAGUUCUAUCAGAAUGUGAAAACUUUGACAAAUGAGACUGUACCUUGAUCAGCAGUUUCAACACAGGUACAGGGUUUUCAGGGACCAAGGCACUUCUCAACCUUCCAUCAUCUACAGUGAAUGACCUGACAGUUACUUUGCAAAGUUUGGAAAUUUAAAUUGGGAAGAAUGAUAAAGAAUAUAGAAACCCAAAGUAUGUAAAUGAAUUGGAAACCAAAUGCUAUUUUGUUUUGACACUUACUAAGAGAAAAUGUUCAUUUACCUGGGUUUGAAUUUCUUUAGUUUCCAUCACAUAUAUAUGUAUGUCAUGCAGGAGUCCCAUAUCACUCCAUUUCUUUCCAAUCUUUGUUUCAGAGCUAUUAGAGCAAACUCCACACCCUAAUUAGGUUCUAUCUCCUUCUCUACUUGUUGCUAGGAAAGCCACUUAAAACAUGAAGAAUGCAUUUACAUAUCAAUUUUUUCAGACACCUGAUACAUUUUCCCUUUUUUCCCCCUCACUACCACCCUUUCCAUUUUUUAAAAUUUUUUUAGCUUAUUAUCAUAAUCACUUCAUGAAAGAAUAUGCAAAGCUUGAUUGAUUUGAUAGCUAUUUCAGAAAACAGGGUCAUUUAAUCCAUUGUGAAGAAACUACCAAUAACAAAUCUUGAAUAUGAACUGAGAUGGUGACCAGUGGUCAUAGAGGCCACAUUUAAUGAACUUUCAAGGUUAGCCCUCCUUAGUUGCAAAGGAGGCAGGGAGGAGGGGACUGUCCUUUCCUACCCAGUGGCCUCUUUUCCUGAGAUUUGUCAAGAGAUGUCUCAAAUACCAAAAACCAUGAAUUUUCAUUCUGGUAGCUCUCUUCUGCUUCCCUAUUCAGCAUUCAUUCAGCAGGUUGCCCUGGUCUGGCAUCCGGGUUUGUAUCUAGCCAAGGCUGUUUUUUCCUGCUUGUAACUAGAAGCAUGAUGUAUUACUUAAUAAAACAGCUUCUAAGCA